AUACGAAGAAAAUAGUCAACAAAGACGAACCGUUUUCAGGUGUAGAGAUUGCCACCGUUUAUUAUUUGCAAGACUUAGAAAAGAAAGGAUGGUCAGAAAUUUCAAAACAACUUGAACAACAAUGA